CUGUGCUUCUCCACAGUAACAUAAAAGCCUUUUCUUGCAGGCUGUGACGGGAGGACAUGUGCUUGUUCACAAUUCACCAUUCAUCAUAGCGGUGGCCUCAACCUGCAGCAGCAGCAGCGCAAGGACGUGCAGCAGGUUGAGAUCAACUCAGGGCACAAGCCAUAUUGGGGGAGGCUUCCAACAGCAUGUUGUAGCUGCUGGAAUGCUCAAGGUCGUCUUUCAGAUAGAUCAUGUGCGUGGUGUUGCCCUAUCACUAGGUUGCUGGUUUGUAGAUGACAUGGUAGUGCCCAGCUUCUCACCCCCAAGGCAUACCGCAGCAAUUCCGUCGCUGCUAUUCAGCAGCUUGUCGACAUUGGUAUUUGAAGUUAAGGACAAUGAUCUACUGUUGCUGCUCCUAACAGUGUCCCUGGCCUCGAAUGGACCACAGGUCGGCAUUUUACGGCGCGCACAGAGAUCGCCAUCCCCUUUUCAGGCCGUGUCGGGUGUGCUAGAGGACAUGUGCUCAAUCACCAUUGAUGGCAGCGCUAACCUCAUCCUGCAGCAGCGGCGGCGUGAGGAGGCGUAG